AUGGCUUCCACUACUAAAGCCAAUGUCCCCAAGAUCGAUGUGUCGCCCCUGUUUGGCGACAGCAUGGAGGAGAAGAUGAAGGUCGCGCGCGCAAUUGACGCCGCCUCACGCGACACCGGCUUCUUCUACGCGGUCAACCACGGCAUCGAUGUUAAGCGACUCUCGGACAAGACCAGAGAGUUCCACUUCUCUAUCACGGAAGAAGAGAAGUGGGACCUCGCAAUUCGCGCGUACAACAAGGAGCACCAGGACCAGAUCCGUGCCGGGUACUACCUGUCCAUUCCAGAGAAAAAGGCCGUGGAAUCCUUCUGCUACCUGAACCCCAACUUCAAGCCCGAUCACCCUCUCAUCCAGUCCAAGACUCCCACUCACGAGGUCAAUGUGUGGCCAGACGAGAAGAAGCAUCCGGGCUUCCGAGAGUUUGCCGAGCAAUACUACUGGGAUGUGUUCGGACUCUCAGAUGCCUUGCUGCGAGGCUAUGCCCUGGGGCUGGGCAAGGAGGAGAACUUCUUCAGUCGCCACUUCAAGAAGGAAGACGCGCUCUCCUCGGUCGUUUUGAUUCGCUACCCGUAUCUGGAUCCCUACCCACCUGCCGCCAUCAAGACAGCGGGGGAUGGCACCAAAUUAAGUUUCGAAUGGCAUGAGGACGUGUCGCUCAUCACCGUCCUGUACCAAUCCGACGUGGCGAACCUGCAGGUGGAGACCCCUCAGGGCUUCCUCGACAUCGAGGCGGAUGACAACGCCUACCUGGUCAAUUGUGGCAGCUACAUGGCACACAUCACCAACAACUACUAUCCCGCCCCCAUCCACCGGGUCAAGUGGGUGAACGAGGAGCGCCAAUCCCUCCCGUUCUUUGUCAAUCUGGGUUUCAACGAUACUGUCCAGCCGUGGGAUCCUAGCAAAGAAGACGGCAAGACCGACCAGCAGCCAAUCUCCUACGGCGACUAUCUGCAGAACGGAUUAGUUAGUCUAAUCAACAAGAACGGCCAGACCUAA